AUGGAUCCGGAAGUUGCGGAGGAGCAGGCCAUGGAGAUGGAGGCCCUUCAGGCCAUCUACAUGGAAGAUAUUGAAGUGCUGGGUUCGUCGCCGCAUGAGUUUCAAAUCAAAUUGGUGCCCGAUGGCAGCGACUCUCUACCGGGAGUGAUCCUGAAGGUCACGUUCACGCCACGCUACCCAAAAGAGGCGCCGCAGCUCGAGGUGACCCCGCUGCGCAACAUCGACGCUGAUUCAUGCGCCAGCCUACGAGACCAGCUCGAUGCGGAGGCUCUUCAAAACCUGGACAUGGCCAUGGUGCUCACGUUGGCCCAGAUGGCCAAGGGCCAGCUGCGCAUGUCACGCACCAUUCGCAUCCUCACGGAAUGGCUCGAGAACAUCAAGGACGAACUGGCGCGCAAGGCCAGGGAGCGAGAGGAGCGAGCCCGGCUGCAAGAGUACGAGGAGGAGCAGGCGCAGCAGAUCAUCCAGGAGCGUAAGUUCCAGGCCGGCACGCCAGUCAACCCCACCACUUUUGCCGAGUGGAAGGCCAAGUUCGAACUCGAGACGAAAUCAAGCAAGCUGCGCACGGCUACGGAGGAGGAGAAGCGACUCUCAGGGCGGCAAUUGUUCGAGAUCGAUGCGUCGCUGUUCGCCUACGACGACAUCGACGAGGAGGAGCUGCCCGAGUUUUGA